GCAUUUGAAAGUUGAAUGUUGUGGCCACGUCUUUAUGUUGAAGCGCAUCUUCUCUGAAAUACUCUUGAUAUCUCUGUGACGAGAUUUGGAUGACUCAUAGAUUCCGAUUCGGAUGGUGAUAGAGUGGAAACCCUUCGGCCUCUCGCUCAAUCUUGAGCUUCGGACCAUACACCUGUUGAAGCCUGCGCUCAAUCCGCAGUACAAGUGGUCCUGAAACAGAGACGGGCUUAGGCGGCGGACGUCCUAACUAGGGGCUUCUCCAGUGGGUCCAUAGAUCUACCCACUGCGUACUGGGACACAUAAUAGAAGUAUAGCUGAAAUUAGGUUGAUUGCUAAAGCUCAUGCUCUUUGAUGAUAUCAGCUCGCGAAAUGGGUAGGUAUCUGCCAGCUGUGCACACGCCAUCUGGCGCGGUGUAUGUUCUCAUUCUAGUCUCCCCCGCGAUGAGGUGAAAAAACAAUGACAUAUACGGUGUUUAUAGAGGUAUCUUGGCGGCCGGACAUGUUCGGAUAAUUAUCUCCUUUCUCCUCAAAUGCCGCUGAAACCCUUCUGAAACAUGUAGGUCCAGUGUCCGUUACGGACUCUGGUGCUCAAUAAGAAGCAUAGAUAAUGCGAAUCAUCUCUCGUGGUGUCCCAGCUAUUUAUCGUACACCGUCUCUUAUUAUCAUGGGUAUGGUUUCAGCCGAAGAUUUUCUUGCAGCCGAUCUUGAUUAUCUCGUCAUUGGAGGAGGAACAGCCGGAUUGGUAGUCGCUGCUCGGCUUACUGAGGGUCCUACUUGUGUGGUUGGCGUUCUCGAGGCGGGGCAAUACCACAAAGAUGACCCGAAUGUCAACGUUCCAGGUUUUCUUUCGCGUAAUAUGGGCAAUCCCGAACGUGAUUGGGCUUUCUCCGUUGUGCCUCGUGAGAUCACUAAGAACCGUAAAUUGGUUCAGAACAGAGGCAAGGGUCUCGGAGGAUCGUCUUCGCUCAACUUCAUGGUCUCCGUGAGACCAACAGGGAAAGAGAUCGAUGCCCUAGAGGGCCUGGGUAAUCCAGGCUGGAACUGGGAAUCCGUUUGGAAAUACAUGAGGAAGCCACCCGAUUUGACGAAGGAAGAUGCAGAAAGUCGCGGGGUUGCCCCGAAUGCUGCUUUUCACGGAACAGAAGGUCCCAUUGCCAAGUCGUUCGCCACCAUGAUGUCUCACACUCAUUCAGUGUUUAUGGACGCAUUGGAGAAGCUAGGAGUACCUCGAAACCCCGACGCAGGAGGAGGCAAUACAAUUGGCAGCUUGCUGGUCCCCGUCUCAAUUGACAAGGGUACUAAAACUAGGUCUUAUGCUGCUAACGCAUAUUACGCCCCUAACGCUCAGAGACCCAAUCUCCUCGUCUUCACUGGGGCCCACGUUACGAAGAUCAUACUUGAACCGUCUCGUCAAGGCUUGCAUCGUGCUAUCGGUGCUGAGUUCGUCGAGAAUGGCCAGACUCACGUGGUUCAUUCAUCGAAGGAAGUUAUACUGUCUUGUGGAUCCAUCCAGUCUCCACAGGUGUUAGAGUUGUCUGGCAUCGGGAAUAAGGACAUUCUGGAGAGACACGGUAUCAACUGUGUCAUUGAUCUGCCUGGCGUCGGCGAAAACUUACAGGACCAUGCGGGCGUUGGUGCAAGCGCUGAGGUAGACAUGAGCAUCGAGACAUAUGAUAAGCUGCACGAUCCAGCAGUGGCGAACGAACACCUUGAACUUUAUAAACAAAAGAAGGGACUCUUUACAAGUAUGCCUGUCAACUUUACCGCCUUCGCACCAGCGUCCGCCUUCGCGAGCAAGGAAGAUAUCGAGAAGUGGAAGACAUUGGCUCGAUUGGAAGCCUCGUCGCCGGAUGUGUUCGCACACACCCCAGAAAGCGUGAAACGGGGUUUACGGAAGCAAUACGAUUUGCUCAGACAAUGGGUUGAUGAUCCCACAGCCGCUAUGGCUCAAUUCUUCGGUGCAGCUAUGCUCAAUUUGAGCCCUACAGGACUUACAGCGGACUUUAGCCCGACGAAGCGUCAUUUCUCAUUGCGUGGCCUCUACACGCACCCAUUUUCUCGUGGUUCUGUCCAUAUCAAUUCGUCUUCGCCUUUCGAACAGCCUACCAUCAAGCAGAACUACCUUACGAAUCCCGUUGAUGAGGAGAUUUUGAUUAGGUUGCUUCAGUUCUGUUUCAAGCUCUACGAAACGUCCCCCGUAAAAGAGGUGGUGGUCGAGAGAAUCAUCCCACCUGGAGAGCCCACCGAGGACGACUUGAAGGAGUAUGUUCGGGAGACUGUUGAGACUAUAUGGCAUCCUGUUGGGACUUGCGCAAUGACGCCAAAGGAUGAUGGAGGUGUUGUUGAUCAUAAGCUGUUGGUGUAUGGUACAGAGAACCUCAGAGUGAUCGAUUGUUCCAUCUUACCCUUAGAGGUCUCUUGCAACACGCAAACGUUGGCAUACGCAAUUGGCGAAAAGGGUGCGGACAUUCUUAAAGGUAUCGUCUAGUCUCGUUGCUCGCGGCCUACAACGAUCGUCUUCGAUGUGUGGCAGAGCGUUAGAUGUUGACCACUACGGAGGUGUCGAAAAGAUUGGACGUAUAUGUUGAUUCGUAUCCUAAAUACAUAAGUGCUAUCAGUUACAUGAUGCAGCAAGUCUGGACCACCAGCAAGAAAAGAGAUUGGACAGAUAUGCGAG